AUGUCACUAGGGUUGAACCUGGUCGAGCGUGCUCUCAUAGCUGCAUUUCUCCAGUGCCCGAUGAUUUCAUCCAGGUGUCAGCGGCAGGAAUGCAGUCCUGUUAAGGUUGAUGAUGUCGCCAUAAUCUAUAAAGCCCAGGUUUACCUUUGUUGGAAAUCCUUCUCCUGCUGUAGGCUUGGGAAUGGGUUUGAUAUUGCCAAAGGAGAGACUGAUGCACAGAACACGUCGACGGCGGGGCAAACUGCUGCAGCUGUUCGACCGAAUGUACAGCCGCCGGCAGCACUAAGAGAAUCGUACUUGAUGCGAGAGCAUUUCCCUGGCUUUGAGGAUCAGCAAUACGAGAGACAUGAUACGACUUUCAUUGGUGAGAAUCCCGAAGGAUUCGGGUUACCUCCACGGUCCCGCGUGCUGGCGUGCACUUUGGAUCUUGUGCCUAAUCCCGACAGGUCCCAUAGUAUCCCAGCUCGUACAACCUUCCUAGAAAUCCCGCCUGCACGCAAGAUAUCCGAGGCAUUUUACGGUGUCGUGUACACGGGACGGGUACUUGCUCGCUCGCUCGCAGAUCUCGGUGUGAUCGACGAAGGAGCCACAUGCUGGCGGCAGAUCCAAUCUGCAUCGAACCUCACGUGGCCGCAUGUGUAG